AUGCGAGCCCUCAACCCUGGUAGGCGGGGAGCUACAGAGCCGAGCUUCACUGCCAAAGAGCAGCUGCUGUCCUUGGUGCUGCCUGGAGGGGCCCAGCCGGGACUGCGAAAGGAGGCGACUGCCCACGGCCUGAGAGAGGAGCCCGAGUUUGUGACCGCAAGAGCCGGUGAGGCUGUGGUCCUGCGAUGCGACGUGAUUCAUCCGGUGACGGGACAGCCCCCGCCCUAUGUCGUGGAGUGGUUCAAGUUUGGGGUACCCAUCCCUAUCUUCAUCAAGUUUGGCUACUAUCCACCCCAUGUGGACCCUGAGUAUGCAGGCCGGGCAAGUCUUCAUGAUAAAGCAUCCCUGCGGCUGGAGCAGGUUCGCUCUGAGGAUCAGGGCUGGUAUGAGUGCAAAGUGCUCAUGCUGGACCAGCAGUAUGACACCUUUCACAAUGGCAGCUGGGUCCAUCUUACCAUCAACGCUCCUCCCACCUUUACAGAAACACCCCCCCAGUACAUUGAGGCCAAGGAGGGUGGCAGUGUUACCAUGACCUGCACAGCUUUUGGGAACCCCAAGCCCAUUGUCACCUGGCUCAAGGAGGGGACACUCCUAGGUGCUAGUGGGAAAUACCAGGUGAGUGAUGGCAGCCUGACGGUGACAUCGGUCAGUAGGGAGGACAGAGGCGCCUACACCUGUCGUGCAUACAGCAUCCAGGGAGAGGCUGUCCAUACCACUCACCUGCUUGUCCAAGGGCCUCCUUUCAUAGUUUCCCCUCCUGAGAACAUCACUGUCAACAUAUCCCAGGAUGCUCUGCUCACCUGCCGGGCAGAGGCGUAUCCCGGCAACCUCACCUACACCUGGUAUUGGCAGGAUGAGAACGUCUACUUCCAGAACGACCUGAAGUUGAGAGUGCGGAUCUUGAUUGAUGGGACCCUGAUCAUCUUCCGGGUGAAGCCUGAGGAUGCGGGGAAGUACACCUGCGUCCCGAGCAACAGCCUGGGGCGCUCCCCCUCUGCCUCAGCGUAUUUAACUGUGCAGUACCCAGCCCGUGUCCUCAACAUGCCCCCUGUCAUCUACGUGCCCGUGGGAAUUCACGGCUAUAUCCGAUGCCCUGUGGAUGCAGAGCCACCGGCCACCGUGGUCAAAUGGAACAAGGAUGGCCGCCCCCUGCAGGUCGAGAAGAACCUGGGUUGGACCCUGAUGGAGGAUGGCUCCAUUCGGAUUGAGGAGGCCACAGAGGAGGCUCUUGGCACUUACACCUGUGUGCCUUACAACACCUUGGGGACCAUGGGCCAGUCUGCUCCCGCACGGCUUGUCCUGAAGGACCCCCCGUAUUUUACGGUGCUACCAGGCUGGGAAUAUAGGCAGGAGGCCGGCCGGGAGCUGCUCAUUCCCUGCGCUGCUGCAGGGGACCCUUUCCCUGUCAUCACGUGGAAAAAGGUAGGGAAGCCCAGCAGAAGCAAGCACAAUGCCCUGCCCAGCGGGAGUCUCCAGUUUCGAGCCCUGAGUAAGGAGGACCACGGGGAGUGGGAGUGCAUCGCCACCAACGUGGUCACCAGCAUCACUGCCAGUACCCACCUGACCGUCAUCGGCACCAGCCCCCAUGCCCCGGGCAGUGUCCGGGUCCAGGUCUCCAUGACAACUGCCAACGUGUCCUGGGAGCCAGGCUAUGAUGGAGGAUUCGAGCAGACAUUCUCAGUUUGGAUGAAGCGGGCACAGUUUGGGCCCCACGACUGGCUGUCUUUGCCAGUGCCACCGGGACCCAGCUGGUUGCUAGUGGACGCCCUGGAGCCUGAGACAGCAUACCAGUUCAGCGUCCUGGCCCAGAACAAGCUGGGAACGAGCGCCUUCAGUGAGGUGGUCACUGUGAACACUUUAGCAUUCCCUAUCACAACUCCAGAACCCCUGGUGCUGGUUACCCCACCAAGGUGCCUCACAGCCAACCGGACCCAGCAGGGUGUACUCCUGUCUUGGCUCCCCCCUGCCAAUCACAGCUUUCCCAUUGACCGCUACAUCAUGGAAUACCGUGUCGGGGAACACUGGGAGAUCUUAGAUAGUGCCAUCCCAGGCACUGAUGGAGAGUUCUUUGCCAAGGAUCUGUCACAGGACACCUGGUACGAAUUCCGGGUUCUGGCCGUCAUGCAGGAUCUGAUCAGUGAGCCCAGCAACAUCGCCGGCGUCUCCAGCACAGACAUCUUCCCACAGCCGGACCUGACUGAUGAGGGGCUAGCUCGGCCUGUGUUGGCUGGAAUCGUAGCUACCAUCUGCUUCCUGGCAGCUGCCGUCCUGUUUAGCACCCUGGCCGCCUGCUUUGUCAACAAGCAGCGCAAGCGUAAGCUCAAGCGCAAAAAAGAUCCUCCACUCUCCAUCACUCACUGCAGAAAGAGCCUAGAGUCUCCCUUGUCAUCUGGCAAGGUGAGCCCCGAGAGCAUCCGCACGCUCCGGGCCCCUUCGGAGUCCUCCGAUGACCAAGGCCAGCCAGCGGCCAAGAGGAUGCUGAGUCCCACCCGGGAGAAGGAGCUGUCAUUGUACAAGAAGACCAAGAGGGCCAUCAGUAGCAAGAAGUACAGCGUGGCCAAGGCCGAGGCCGAGGCCGAGGCCACGACGCCCAUUGAGCUCAUCAGCAGAGGCCCCGAUGGCCGCUUUGUGAUGGAUCCCUCUGAGAUGGAGCCCUCGAUGAAGAGCAGGCGCAUUGAGGGCUUCCCCUUUGCCGAGGAGACGGACAUGUACCCCGAGUUCCGCCAGUCGGACGAGGAGAAUGAGGACCCGCUGGUGCCCACAUCUGUGGCUGCCCUGAAGUCCCAGCUGACCCCUCUGUCAUCUAGCCAGGAGUCCUACCUGCCACCACCAGCAUAUAGCCCUCGGUUCCAGCCCCGUGGGCUGGAGGGCCCCGGCGGCCUGGAAGGUCGGCUCCAGGCCACAGGCCAGGCCAGACCUCCCGCCCCCCGGCCCUUCCACCAUGGCCAGUAUUAUGGGUACCUCAGCAGCAGCAGCCCUGGGGAAGUGGAGCCGCCACCCUUCUACAUGCCAGAAGUGGGCAGCCCCUUGAGCUCGGUCAUGUCCUCCCCACCCUUGCACACUGAGGGGCCCUUCGGCCACCCCACCAUUCCUGAGGAAAACGGAGAGAACGCUUCCAACAGCACGCUGCCCUUGACUCAGACACCCACAGGAGGGCGCUCCCCUGAGCCCUGGGGCCGGCCAGAAUUCCCCUUUGGGGGACUGGAAACCCCGGCCAUGAUGUUUCCCCACCAGCUGCACCCCUGUGAUGUAGCCGAGAGUCUGCAGCCCAAGGCCUGCCUCCCCCGAGGACUGCCCCCCACCUCCCUGCAGGUGCCCGCGGCUUACCCGGGCAUCCUGUCUCUGGAGGCGCCAAAGGGCUGGGCAGGCAAGUCUCCGGGCAGAGGCCCCGUCCCAGUGCCCACCUCCGCUAAGUGGCAGGACAGACCUAUGCAACCUCUGGUGAGCCAAGGGCAGCUAAGACAUACCAGCCAAGGUAUGGGCAUACCCGUGUUGCCUUACCCCGAGCCGGCCGAGCCCGGGGGGCACAGUGGCCCCAGCACAUUUGGCCUGGACACCCGGUGGUAUGAGCCCCAGCCCCGGCCCCGGCCCAGCCCCCGGCAGGCCAGGCGCGCCGAGCCCAGUUUACAUCAAGUGGUGCUACAGCCCUCCCGGCUCUCGCCUCUGACCCAAAGCCCCCUCAGCUCCCGCACCGGCUCCCCUGAGCUUGCCGCCCGGGCCCGGCCUCGCCCGGGCCUCCUGCAGCAAGCAGAGAUGUCGGAGAUCACCCUGCAGCCACCGGCCGCUGUCAGCUUCUCUCGCAAGUCCACGCCAUCCACGGGCUCCCCUUCCCAGAGCAGCCGCAGCGGGAGCCCCAGCUACCGGCCCACCAUGGGCUUCACCACGCUGGCCACAGGCUACCCCUCCCCUCCGCCGGGCCCUGCAGGGCCUGCGGACAACCUGGAUGUGUUUGGACAGACGCCUUCCCCUCGAAGGAUGGGGGAGGAACUGCUCAGACCAGAGCCCCCCCCACCGCCAUUACCUACUUCAGGAACACAUCCACCUGCACCCGAGAAUGCUGCUGUACCUGAGAGGCUGGAGGCUCUGAAAUACCAACGGAUAAAGAAGCCCAAAAAGUCAUCCAAGGGCUCUUCGAAGUCAAAGAAACGAUCCGAUGGUUCUGCCUCCCAGGCUCAGCAGCUUCCAGACUCCCAGGUUCUGUGGCCUGAUGAAGCCGUCUGCCUCCGAAAGAAGAAGAGACAUUCUCGGCCUGACCCCUUUGCCCGCCUCUCAGACCUGUGCCACCGCCAGCUUCCGGAAGACCAGACGGCGAUUCUCAACAGCGUGGAUCACGACGACCCCAGCCACGCCACCUUGCUGUGA